CCCUAACCCUAAUUUCGUCCCAAAACCAUCACAGAAGAAGCAAAAGUUCCGCAAUGGCAAGACCACUCCUCGGACCACCGGAGAUCCGCCUCCCCACCCUCCCCACCACCACCACUACCACCACCAAUCCUCCAAUGGGUUUCACCGAAAACAAUUCUGCAACCUACUUGGCCACGGGAAACCCGUGCCUCGACUUCUUCUUCCACGUGGUGCCCGACACCCCACAAGAACAAUUGGUGAAGAGAUUAGUAUUGGCGUGGGAUCGCGACGCCUUGACGUCUCUAAAACUAGUGUGCAACUUACGGGGUGUGCGCGGGACCGGGAAAUCCGACAAGGAAGGGUUUUACGCGGCGGCGUUGUGGCUGCACAAGCACCACCCGAAAACCCUAGCGUGCAACGUGAAGGCUAUCGCGGAUUUUGGGUAUUUUAAGGACAUGUUGGAGAUUCUUUACCGAUUACUCGAAGGACCCGAGAUCCGGAAAAAGGAAAAAAUGGAGUGGCAGAGUCGGAAGGCAGACGUGAUGGAUCGAAACGUAGGCCGGAAGAAGAGGAAGGCGACGGAGGAUAAGGAGAAAGUGAGGGGUUUGAGGUUGGAGAAGAAGGUGGCAAAAGCCAAAAAAGCCUUUGAAAGGUACAACCGCGAUCCGGAAUACCGGUUCUUGCACGACCGAGUGUCGGAUCUCUUUGCAGAGCUUUUGAAAUCCGACAUGGAGUCCUACCGCGCCGGGGAGCUCUGCAAGAUAGGCCUUGCGGCGAAAUGGUGUCCAAAUCUCGACUCCUCCUUCGACCAAGCCACACUGAUUUGCGAGAGUGUUGCAAGGAAAGUAUUCCCGCGAGAAGAAUACAUAGAGUACCAAGACAUCGAAGAGGCUCACUACGCUUAUAGGGUCCGAGACCGCCUCCGAAGGGAAGUCCUCGUCCCUCUCCACAAAGCCCUCGAAAUCCCUGAAGUGUAUAUAUGCGCCAAGAAAUGGAACAACCUCCCGUAUAAACGCGUCCCCUCAAUCGCGAUGAAGCUCUACAAGAAGUUGUUCUACAAGCACGACCAGGAGCGAUUCGUGGAGUAUUUGGAAAAGGUGAAGAGCGGGAAGAGCACGAUCGCGGCUGGAGCGCUGCUUCCCCACGAGAUCAUCGAGUCCUUGAACGACUGGACCGGUUCGGAGGUGGCGGAGCUCCAGUGGAAGCGAAUGGUGGACGACAUGGCGAAGAAAGGCAAGCUAACGAACUGCAUGUCGGUUUGCGAUGUGUCGGGGAGCAUGAGCGGGAUCCCCAUGGAAGUCUCGGUCGCGCUGGGGCUUUUGAUAUCCGAGCUGAGCGAAGAGCCGUGGAAAGGGAAGGUGAUAACGUUCAGCGCGAACCCACAACUUCACACGAUCGAAGGCGACAGUCUUCAGUCCAAGACGAGUUUUAUCAGGAGGAUGGACUGGGGGGCGAACACGGAUUUCCAAAGGGUUUUCGACAGGAUCCUGGAAGUCGCGGUGGAAGGGAAGCUGAGCGAAGAUCAGAUGAUAAAGACGCUCUUCGUCUUCAGCGACAUGGAGUUUGAUCAGGCGUCGGGAUCCUCGAGCUACUAUGGCUCGGGGUACCAUCAUACCGGUAGCUGGGAGACGGAUUAUACAGCGAUUCAGAGGAAGUUUAAGGAGAAGGGGUACGAAAGGGUGCCGGAGAUAGUGUUUUGGAACUUGAGAAACUCCGAUGCCACGCCGGUGCCUAGCAAACAAGAGGGCGUGGCGUUAGUGAGCGGGUAUUCGAAGAACCUUAUGACUCUGUUUUUGGACGGGGAAGCGAUUUUGAGCCCUGAGGCUGUGAUGUUGAAAGCUAUAAGUGGAGCAGAGUAUCAAAAGCUUGUAGUGAUUGAUUGAUUGAUUGAGAGAGAGAGAGAGAGAGAGAGAGAGAGAGAGGG